AGGCAUGAUGUUGCCACUGGGGAAGGGUGAAAUAAAUACCCUGAAUUGUUGGUAUUCAGUGUGCCCUGUUUUCUUCCCAACCCGUGGAAAGGGGUGAGAUGGCUGUGACCACUCCCCAAAUCCCAACCCAGAUGAUGUGAGGGCUCUCCCAGCUCGCCCAUAUGACUGGCCUUGCCUGGGUCAUAUAACCUUGCUUUGGGCCAGUCAUGGGCCAUAGCUGUGGGAUGCUCUGAUUGGCCAGGUCUCCGUCAAGCCUCUCUGGGAAGGGAGGUUUAUAGUUCCAUUAGGAAAUAGUGUGGGUGCUCCCCAGAGGAAGGGAGAAAGGAGACACUUAUAACAGGUCCACUAUUCAGUUGCCUUCCUGGAUAAUGAGAAAUUGUGAAAAAAAGUUUACCAGCUAGAUUUUCUCAGUUCCAUAAAAAAAUAGUUUUAUGGGGAAACAGCUUUUCUUUCCCAUGAGCAUUUAUUGGGCAUCUGUGUGCCAGGCCCCUCGAUCAUCUUCAAAGCCACCUGGGGUUAUUCUCCCAUUUUACAUAUGGGGAAACUAAAGCCCUAAGAGUCCCAGAUCUCCGAAGUAAUGGGCUCCCGACCCUGCGGGACUGAAAACGGGAGACGCAUAGCUUCUGCAAGCGGGAGCUAUUAACUGAAGACUUAUAUACCAUCAGGGAUGUGUGUGCUAAUGGAGGCCGCCUGGGCAGAGGAUUCCGGGAGACUUAAUGCCCUGAGACUUAGUGCCCGGAUCGUAGCUCCACCCCCUCCAGCAGGGUGCGUUCGUGUUUACACCAUUUUGAGAGAUAAUGGCACACACGGCGACCUCCACCCUCCCAGGCCCUUAUCGGCAGCCCCAAGCCCUGUCUGGACGCCACUUGGUGUCGCGGGGUCGGGCCAGCGCUAAAGCUUCUGAACCUCGAUGUGGACUGCAAUGCGGCGUGGGUCUGCCUGGUUGGAGACCCUGCACUGCGCUUCCGCGCGGGGAACCCAGCCGGUGGGCGGGACGGCGCGUGCGCACAAGUGCGCCGCGGGAAGUUGGAAAGCAGCCCACCUGGCCGCGGGCCUGGGCGGCCCCCGGGGCAUGGGCGCUGCGGCUGGCUUGGCUCGGCGGCUGCGGGUGGCCUUGCGGGAGGAGGAGUUGCGGGUCGUGGAGGAGCUGCUCCGCCGCGGUGCCGACCCCAACCUGGUGUUGGAGGAUGGCGCGGCGGCCAUGCACCUGGCGGCCAGAGCCCGGCACCCGCGGAGUCUGAGUUGCCUUGAGGCCCUGCUGCGCUGUGGCGGAGACCCCAACGCACGAUCGGCCGAGGCGCUGACGCCGCUGCACGUGGCUGCUGCCUGGGGCUGUCGCCGCGGCCUGGAGCUGCUGCUGAGCCAGGGUGCGGACCCCGCGCUGCGCGACCAGGAUGGACUCCGGCCGCUGGACUUGGCGGAGCAGCAGGGGCAUCAGAACUGUGUGCGUAUCCUGCGGGAGCUGGAGACCCAGACCAGGACCCCGACCCGGACCCGGGCAGUCACCGAGGACCCAGAACCCCAGCCUGGUGGCCCAGGCCCUUGGGAAAAGGGGCUGGAUAUCAGCCCCCCAGGACCUCCCAAUGUGACGCUGGACUCCACAGCACUGGACAGAGGUGACAGCAAGGACAUGAACCUGAAGGCUAGCCCUGGACCCCCCAGCCUUCUUGCCCACCCUAACAUUGCUGACGCAGAUGGCAUCUCGGGGUCCCCCCUAGGGCGCUGGGAUUGCAGCUCAGUUGCCUCCUUUGUCACCGCGGUUGAGGCCUCUGGAGCUGAGGAGCCAUGCCCCGACACAUACCCUUGGACUGGUGUCCAACCCUCCCAGAGGGUGCCAAGAUCUUCGGGUACCCCACAACUGGAGCAUCAAGCCCUCAUGGAGUGCAGGGAGACAGAACUAAAUGCCCGCCUGCAAGCCCUGACUCUGACCUUGCCAGAUGCUUCCCCCUCCUCUAAGUCCUUCCCAGACAGGAGCCCAGCCAAUAGGCCCCCUUGGGAACCACCGUCUGGACCCUGUGAAUUCCACUUCCAGAAAGAUGACCAGUCCCUUGACAGUGAUGUGGCUGCCCUCUGGCUGACAGAGGAUGAGGCGAGCUCCAUGGGGAGCAGAGACCCCGUCCCCUCUUGCCAAUGCCCACUGGACCCCACCAUAUCUGACCUGGAGCUGCUGCAAGCACUCCGGGCGCUUGGUGAGAGCCCUGGCCCCAUCACGCCCUUCAGCCGGCCACACUACCUCCGACGGCUGGAAGAAGCCCAGGCUGCUCCAGGCCCAGAAUUUUCAGGGUACAGCCCAGAGCUGGCUGAGGCCCUGCGGACAGGCCGCAUCCCAGAUGCCCAGGCAGAUGAGGAUGUUCUUGCCCAGCAGUUUAAGCGGCCGGAUCCCUCCAGAAGGUGGCGGGAGGGAGUUGUGAAGUCCAGCUUCACUUAUCUGCUCCUGGACCCCAGGGAGACUCAGGACCUGCCAGCCCGGGCCUUCUCACUGACCCUGGCUGAAUGCCUUCGGAUUUUUGUACAUGCCAUCUUCUAUGUGGGCAAGGGAACACGGGCCCGGCCAGAUGUCCACCUCUGGGAGGCCCUCAGUCACCGUGGGCGGCCAGGAAAACAGGCCUGUCCCAAGGUGCGCCAGAUCUUGGACAUUUGGGCCAGUGGUCGCGGAGUUGUCUCCCUACAUUGCUUCCAGCAUGUGGUCGCCGUGGAGGCUUACACUCGAGAGGCAUGUCUUGUGGAUGCUCUAGGGAUCCAGACCUUGACCAACCAGAAGCAAGGACACUGCUAUGGAGUGGUGGCAGGCUGGCCACUGCACCGGCGCCGCCGCUUAGGGGUACAUCUGCUGCACCGUGCCCUCCUUGUCUUCCUGGCUGAGGGUGAGCGAGAGCUGCGGCCCCAGGACAUCCAGGCCCGUGGCUGAACACUGGGGAGUUGCCAUUCAGCUUAGGUAGAGAGCAGAGUGUUUGAAUGUUUCAGCUGCCCUGUGAGAGCAGCCCCCCAUCUCUAGCUCCAGAGGGCUAGUUGGGGAACAGCCAGGCAGGUCUCCCUUGUAGACUGAGGAAGGACUUUAUUACAGAUGGAACUGCUGGAGAGGUAGUGAGCUCUCUGUCAUGGGAGGAGACUAAGGGGAUGCGAGAGGAGACAAGUAGACCAGAUGGGUCUUUGGGACAUUCUGGUGCUUUGAAACAUGCCAAUACUUUGGCAGUUUGGUCCUGUCUGUGCAAAGAAUCCAUUUUUUAUCUCCCAGACACAGAAGACCCACAGUGUGGGCUGGGCCAGGGGCUUCCAAUCUGUUACACGAAGGGAAUCUGCCCAGCUCAAGAACGGGGUUAUGCUGCUUCCAGCUAUGGGACCUCGGACCAGUAAUUUCUCUCUGAGCCUGGGGAAAGUGCGAGGUGCUACCUCAGGGGGUCAUUGUGGGGAUCAGAUUAAAUGAAGUCAUGGGAUAGUGUUUGCUCAGAGCCCUACUGAGCCAGAGGCAGCUCUGCAGCCCAGGUGGAAAGUCUCUGGGGGAAGGGGGGAGGGUUCCGGAAUGUUCUCGAGGGGCCGAUUGUGUGUGGUGAGGGGUGGGCAGGGCUGGGGAGGUCUUCCCGGUGCUGGUGUGAGACAGCAGCACUCCUAGGGAUCCCUGUGUGACUGGAGCCUCGCGGCGUUGCUUCUCUGAACCUGUUCCUUCCACUGUAAAAUGAGAUCAGUAACCCCGACUUUAUGCAAAGAGCUUCAGUAAAUGCCAAGCCACUAUUGGGAUAGUGUUGAUGGGAUCAUUUAAAUUUUCCAUAAGUUGUUUCUUCAAAACAGUCUAGAGGGUUUCUGGACUUGGUGAGAUCUGCUGCCUCAUUGGAUUCAACACCUGUCCGUCUUGCGGCUCAGCGAACCAGGGCUUGCAGGGGGCAGGCCAAGGUGCUACCGGCCUCCAUUCCUCCACUGCCUCCACUGCUAAGCCCCCGAGUAUUCUGUGGAUAAUUAGGGUCCCUGCCCAUGGAGGGUGCCUGGGUGCUACCAUUUUCACUGAGCUGAAGAAACUACCCUCCGAGCUUCUGUUUGCUCAUUUGUAAGACAGGGAAUUCUCCCAGACACCAAGUAGUUGCUUGAUAAAGCGAUAACAAUCGAAACUGCGUGCCAUCUCCCAAGAACACGCAAAUAGAAAGAAUCCAGACGCCCCCCACCCCAAAAAGCCCAGGAGAGAUGGUAUUUGUCUAACAGGGUUUCCCCACCUCUGCCUUACUGACUUUGAGGUCAGGUUACUCCUUGCGGCGGGGGCUGUCCUGUGUGUCUUAGGGUGUCAGGCAGCAUUCCUGGGCCCCACCUACCAGACGCCAGGAGCACUUCCUUCACCACCCCCACCCCCGCCACUCCCAGUUGUGGCAAUCAAAAAUGUCUCCUGAAUUUGCCAAAGUACGACAGUGUCCGUGUAUGAACCCCUGGUUUAAAUUAAAGGUGGGGUCACAAACCAGUGGGGAAAGGAUCAAAUGUGCAGCAGCUGAGGAGACAAAUCUCUCCUCCCACCGUCCACACAAACCACAAAUAAACCUAGAGAUAUAUACAUUAGAAUACAAUAGAGAGGGGUGGAGGGUAUAGCUCAGUGGUAGAAUGUGUGCUUAGCAUGCACAGGGUCCUGGGUUCAAUCCCCAGUACCUCCAUUAAAAAUGAGCAAAUAAAAUAAUUACCUCCCCUCUUAAAGUUUUUUUUUCCUUAAAAAGAAAAAAGAUACAAAGUAGCAAGAGCACAGCCACUGAGCAGGGAAAUCCUUCCACCAGGCAAAAAAGAUUCAAAAUAAAAACCAUCUUUAUGACAAAAGCGAUCAAGUUGUAAGAUAAAAACAGGACAGUAAGAGGUACCAAUUUGCUGUGUAGUGUGCAUUGACGAACCUCUGGGUUUAAGAUACCCAGCACAGGGCCUUGCAUGGAGCUGGCAUCAAUUAUGGCUACUCUAAUUAGAUGCAACAGCCGCUGAUCCUCACCUCAACUUCAGCAUUGACCU